UUUUAGUAUCCCUUCACCGGUCCUUUUCGGGGUCUUUGACGUGGCAUCAAUAAACAAAGAUGGCGGCUAAGUAGAAAGUUUUGCUGGAUUGUUACUAACUUUUGGCAUUUUAAGUUGACGGUUUCGCUAAAUAUUUAAUAGCUAACAAAUAUCUCGUGUCGCUAAAUUCCUAGGAUAUCAAUCUUAAAAUGGCUGGAUGGUCAGGGUUUUCAGAAGAGGAGCUACGAAAGUUGCAGCAGAAAGGUAACUUCAAGGUAGCAUAACGUUAGCCCUUGAUAAUCAUGACUCUCAGUUCCAUUACAUUAAACGUAAGAGUCAUUGGACAAAGGCAUCUUCUGUAGGGGGGAGUUUUGUUAAGAUCACCGAAACUCGGUCUGAAGAUUAACAUGCAUCGCUUGUGGUACGGUUUUGGACGUAUAAGGAAGGACCUUAGUGUCUUUCAUAUCAGCGAGAAAUAAUAAUAAAUAAAUAAAAUGUUAAAUUGAUACACACUUUAAUAGGGUUAGUGUUCCCACACAUGUUACAGCGCUUGUUUACUGAAGACAGAGGGACCACCUGUGCUAAUUAGCUAUCUAGCAUGUGCCGAACACCUGUGUGUAACUGAAGAAGGCCGCCAGAAACAUGUUGUCACUGAAAAAUACUGUUGGCUGCAACUGUGAUAAAGCCGGUUAAAACAGGGUACAGUAAGUGUAUAUUCUAAUGUGGCAUGAACGUAAAAGGCUUUAUGUUUCUAGAACCGUAUCGCCAUUGAGAAACGAUUCACGUUUAGAUGGAGUAUCUGGCUGUUUUGGCUGCCAGAGCCAGUCUACCUCUGAAAAUAACAUAAGAUCCUUGGACCUUAAGGAGUAACGGUAGGCUGCUUAAGAGUACAUAUUGGGCUUACGUAAGGUUAGCUCACGAAAACUCUAGGUGGCAUUCUGUCUUCUCCCUACAGUUCUCUGCCAUUAGCAUCGCCCACGACUGGUUCAUGUGAACUGCAAUCCCAACGCUGUGUUUUAGAACCGUCAAUAAUCAUCGCUUGUGAUAUGGCUUUCAAAACAUAUGACUCCUAUCAUUCAUCAGCGAGAAAGAAUCCUUAAAAUAAAAAACAUACACUUACUGUAGCAGUUACAGAUCCAUACAGCUAUGGGUGCCUCCAUGCAACGAAACUACACUUCUGAUACACUUCCCGAGUUACGCUUACACACAGGUGUUCGUAGCACGCUAGAUAGCUAAUUAGCACAGGUGGUUGUCUCUUGUUUUCCGUCUGUUUUCUGUAAACAAGCGCUGUAACAUUGAGAUAUGGCUAUGUGGGAAAACUAACCCUAUCAAGGUGUGUAUCAAUUUAGCCUUUUUAAAUUUAUUUUUAUUGUUGCUGAAAUGAAAGAUAAGGUCCUUAUGUUUCCAAAACCUUAGCGCAAUGACGCAUGUGUAUGUUCAGAUUGACCGUCGACCGUCGGGGCGCUUAACAAAACUACCCGUACUGAAGACGCCUUCGUCCAAUGACUCUUAUGUGUAAUGUGAUGAAACAGAUUUAUGAUCAUGGGCUAGUAUAACGUUAGCUGCUUAGCCAAGAGGAUCUGUCGGCUUUCCACAGAUAUCCAUUAAUUUGUAAAUUCAGUAGCUAGUUACGUCUGUGAAGUGUAUCGAUAUCCAGUAUCCCUGUUGUUUUACCUCAUUCAUCAGACCAGGCGGUGCCUGCGGCUUUAGGUCGUGGACGGAAACCAGCUCCUACUAACCGGAGUCGGCAGCAGUUGCAGCGAGAGAGAGCCCUCCAGUUAGCCGCUGAGCAAAAGAGUGGACCCGGCUCGCCUGUGCUACCACCCGAGCAGAAGCUAACCAAGCCUCUGCCGCAGCCCGCUAAGCCCCCGCCGCAGGCUGUCAUUCAGCCCGUCGUUACCCCCACAAAGCCGGUGGAGGAACCCAGCGAAAAAGAGCCCCUUACCGUAAACCAUGCUCCUGCACCAGCGGAGGACACACCGCCUAUUGCCAAGGAGUUGGAAAAACAAGAGGUGGAAUUGUUAGUAAGUCUUUAUAAUAAAUUAGUUAUAGAGCAAUGUCUUAUGAUGAUCUCACAGUUGCCUGUACAUUGGUUUAGUUUGACAUGCCAGUAAUGUUGACACUCACAGGGUCCAAAAACCAAGAAGAGUGCAGUAAUUUAUUUUAAGAAUACUUAUCUUAGGCUAAUUACGCCUGUCCUUUAUUGUUUGUAGAUCAAACACAUAAUCAUGUCUGCUGAUCGCCAUUCUCUGUAUUGUGUGUUAAUGCUCGUCGUUGUUAUUGUUGUAGUCGGGAGAAGACCCGCAUAGAGCUGCUUCAGCAAGACCAAAAGAUGAUGGAAGAGAGGAAUAAGCGCAAGAAAGCCCUCCUGACCAAGACCAUUGCUGAGAAGUAAGGACAGGUCCCAUAGUUCACAUUAUCAGUACCAGCUAUUCUGAUACACAUUGUUUUAUAUGGACACUUGCUGUGGUUACACAUGCAAAAAUUCAACCAGCUGCCUGUUUUCUGUGUACACAGAUCCAAACAGACCCAGGCAGAGACAGUGAAGCUGAAGAGGAUCCAGAAAGAUUUGCAGACUCUGGACAAUAUGGUGUCCAACGACAUCUGCAUUCUGAGAGGUGUGAUAGAGCAGGCCAGCUGGGACUACAACACUGCAAGGUAAACACAACUUGGAGAACAUGCUGAAUCCUUGCCACGGAGAUGGGAUUCUGUUCAAUCAGGUUGUAUUUUCACUCAGGAGAGGUCAUCCAUGAUAGUUGUCAAUUUACUAAUACCCAUUAUUCUUGUUGUAUCACAAAAAAAAAAAAAAAACACAGCAGUCUGUAGCUAUACUGAUAUGGCAGUGAACAUUUCCUUAUUUCAAACUCUGGAAACACUGCUCCCUACAGGUUAUUCAGCAUACUCCUUCAAUACAUCCCAAUACAUUCAGAGAACAAUGUCCCUAAUGCCAUAAACCGCUUUCAACACAUGCAGUCCUUCCUCUCAGACAUGAAAAAAGGAAGGUGAUACAUCCUACAUUUGUGCUAAAAAUAUUAUACUGAGAUAAAGGAAUGAGUGGCCUGCACAAGGAAUAUUGCUGCUCCCCAGUGACUUUUUUCUGAACCCAAAUCAACAACGUUUUGACUUCACAGAAGUCUUUGUCAGGUGAGCUAUGCCAUGUAUUCCUUCCUUUGCUAUAAAACAAAAUCCUAAUAACUCCUAAUCCAUCUGCCUGUCUUCUUUUCUGUUCAGGAAGCGCUAUGAGAAGGCGGAGUCUGAGUAUGUAACGGCCAAGCUGGACCUCCACAAGAAGACAGAGAUAAAGGAGCAGCUGACGGAGCACCUGUGUGCCAUCAUCCAGCAGAACGAGCUCCGCAAGGCCCACAAGCUGGAGGAGCUGCUGCAGCAACUACACCUCCAGGCCACGGAGGAGGAACAGGAGGAGGAGAGGGAGGAGGAGAGGAAGAAGAGUGUCAUGGAGAACCAGGGAGAGGCACAUGUCCAGUCUCCCCCAGAUACAGGGUCCACACCUGGGGUAGAGACUGAGACACAGGCAGGCAGUGCCAUGCUCCAGCAGGACUACCCUGCAGUGACGGUGACCGAACCAAAGGGGAGCGAUCAGGACUGUAAAACGGCCAACAGCCCCCUAGCGGGGCAGAGUGCGGCUGAGGCCCCGGCUUCUGCUUCCUGA